AUGGCCAGAGAUAUUAUAGCGUUGGACGAUCUUACUCCAAACAAUCUUGGAGUGCUUAAGAAGAUUAAUGAGGUCACCUUGCCUAUAAAAUAUCCUGAAUUGUGGUACAAGCAAAUAUUAGAGUCUUCGAACUCAAUUGUUCAAUUAGCAUAUUACUCUGAGUUGCCUGUGGGAGCAAUAAAAGCCAGAACAUUUCACAACAAUCACAAUUUGAAAUUCAAUGAUUUUGUGAAUAAUAAACUGCUGCAAGUAUUAUCAAAGACCCCUAAUACUGUAUACAUUGAGAGUUUCGCUGUCUUGGAGGCAUACCGUCGUUUAGGGAUUGGGAAAAAAUUAUUGAAUUAUUUGAUUGAAGAGACCAAAAAAAGAUUUAUUCAUGAAAUUAUUAUUCAUGUAAGUGUGGCUAAUGAUGAGGCUAUUGCCUGGUAUAAGAAGCAGGGGUUUCUGCAAGGUGAAUUAGUUGCUGAUUAUUAUAAAGACCAAGGUUUGCAAUCGCCAGAUGCUUAUAUUUUUACUAUGACAGUAUAG